AUGGACCUUACCUGCAAAUACACGUACAAGCCAUGCAUGAACCCGCGCACGACCAAGCGCAACGGUGAGCCCCACACGCUGUGCGAGUACCACCGGACAAAAGCCAACUCGAUCCAGCGCGCGUAUGCGACCAAGAAGCGCCAAAUGCAAGGCAAGGCCAAGGAAGCCGCGGCCGUGGCCGCGCUUUCGCCCGUCGCGUCGCCGCCGCUCAGUGAGGAGCUCGGCGUAGAAGAAUUCGACUUUUUACACGCGCUGCUUCGCGACGACAGCGCAUUGGUCGACUUUGGCGACCUUGCCAUGACCCACGAAGAGUUUGUGAUGCUCGACGAGCUCUUUUGAGCGCACAAGACGCGCUGAUAGUUAGUUGUUAGGAAAUAGCGUUAGUCAUCAUCAAUGUGCUCUAUUUUGUUGUCGA